ACAAUAAUGACUCGAGUUCUCAAAGAAGUGAUUACAGAGGUGGUUACAGAGGUGGUUACAGAGGAGGAAGAAACAACCGUGGAAGAAGUAGAGGAAGAGGAGGAAGGGGUAGAGGAGGACGAGGGGGAUUUCGUGGAAGAGGAAGAAGUCAGUCACAUAAUGCAGGACCAAGGUCAUAUCUUGAGGAUGAUGAUGAUGAGAGUAUGGAUGGUGAUAAUGAAGGAGGAAAGUCUUAUAGUUCUAGAUUUAACCCUUAUGGACGAGACAGACCUCCAAGUAGACGAGGCUUUCGACAAGAUGAUAACACAYCCAAGUCAGAUGUCCACUCAAGGCUUGGAAACCAAUUUCAGAACAAAUCAUCUAAUUGGUACAAAGUAACUAUUGUUAAAGGAAAGAUGCAUGAUAAAGAAUGGCUUAUUAARCGAAUACAAAACUCUUGUGAAGAAGCUUUUCAACCUGUAGAAUUUCAUUACAUGGGAGACAGUGCAUUGUUCUUUGUGGACAGUAAGGCUGCCGCUGAUGCCCUUAAAAGGACUAGUCAUCAAAUAACAGUAAAAAAUGGAUCAAAGAUCAUCAUCAGUGUGAGACCAAGUGAUCCACCAAGGACUAGAGGAUCAGCUGCAAGUACAAGCUUCACUCUUAAUGCUGACACACAACAAGUUUUGAAGGAAUGUCUAAGUAACCGAUAUGAUGUUGGAACCAAAGUCAUGAAUUUAUCAGACCUUUUUAAUGAUGAAGUUUUAAAAGCAAAUAACGUUCAAGGGCAUAUCUACAAGCCUCACAUUGCUAAUGGAAUCUUGAAGCUUAUUGGAGAAAACUGUCAAGAUAUGGAAGGUCUAUAUCUAUGCGACAACCGUUUAUACAAUCUAGACUCCUUGAAGGACAUUGCUAACUUUGCACCAAACAUUAAGCAUUUGAAACUCUCCAAUAACCAGUUCAAGAGUGUUGACGAGUUGGAUAAACUUAAAGGCUUGASUGAAGUCCAGACAUUGGACCUGUCUGGAAACCCUUUAUGUGACAAGUUUGAGUCAGAUAUUGCAUAUGUYAAUGCUGUAAGAAUCAGGUUUCCAAAAGUUGUUAUUCUGGAUGGAUCACACCAUAAGCCACCAAUCGGAUUUGAAAUAGCUGCUACAACUGCAYUGCCAAAAGUCCAGGAGAGCUACCUUGGUCAGCCUGCUAUCAAAGAAAUUGUUCUUGGUUUUUUAGAGCAAUAUUUCAAGAUAUUUGACUCCAAUGAUCGACAACCUUUACUUGAAGCAUACCAUGAGCAGGCCAUGUUUUCAUUGUGCACCAAUACUGGAAUAAUAGCUAACAAAGAUAAAGGACCACACACUUUUGGCAAGGACAAAGGACCAAGGGGACCGUCGUUGGGAGAAUAUAUGAAAAUGAGUCGAAACAUGCUUAGGCGAAAGGAAGCUGACCAAAGAGCAUCAUUAAUAAAGACCAAUCGGCUGUCAGUUGUUGCCAUGUUGAAUGAGCUACCACCCACCACACAUGAUUUAUCUACCUUUAUCAUUGAUGUUAAUUUUGCAGUGCCAUCAUGUCUUUCGUUUUGUAUCCGUGGGUUAUUCAUGGAAGCCCACAAAACCCUGAGGUCAUUUUCAAGAGUUUUUGUUGCUGUUCCAGGAGGAAGUGAUGGGAAAUCUCUCCGACUAAUCAAUGACGAGCUCCACAUACGAAGUCCCACAUUAUCUCAAAUCCAGGCUUUUCAAAAGCAACGCUCUGCAAGUGCAGCUACGACAACACAACCUGAAUCAUCAGCUCCUUCGUUUUUACCAGCAACAUCAUCAACUAAUGUAUCAAACAGUUUAACACCAGAGCAACAACAGAUGAUCAGCCAGUUUAGCCAAGAGUCGAAAAUGAACGCAGAAUAUUCCUACAGGUGCCUUGCGCAAAAUAACUGGGACUAUCAAAAGGCAGCAGGAAUUUUUACAGAUUUAAAUAGCAAAGGAAAGAUUCCCUCUGAUGCGUUCKUAACGACGUAACGUUAUGCUGUUGAUAURCUGCACUGGACAGAAAACAAGGAGUGAAAUAUUUUAGAAAUAUUUUAAGAUUGCUUUUAUGUCAAAUCGAAUUUGAUGAUUAUCUGAACAAGUGCUGUGACUUGUCGGACUUCAUUGAGGACUAGAAGCAGGCUAUGCUACUGAUCACAUAUUGUUAAUGAAGUAUUCAAUAAAGAUCUCUUAAAAUACUAAA